AUGGCUUCCUUCCUGACGUCGCAGAACCUUAUAUUCUACACAAACAACCUCACGUUUCCAAAUAUCGCCAUUCCAUUGAGAACUGGACUGCACCUGUACCCCAAUGCUCUGUGGUACAGGUUUACCCCAGCACACUCCCCGGCACUUCGUAAGAUAUUGACGAUCAACAGGCGGCUGGGCUGUGCUGUCUUGGUUGAACAGCUCAGAUAUGGUAGAAGAGGUUGCCAGUUGGUGCAGACAAGCAGUACGAUUGACAACCAAGUUCCACUUCAAUGCCAACGAGCAUACGACGAGAACUGCAAAGGAAGUAGCGUUACGCUUUACGAUCCAAGCUGCAAGACUUCGCAAGCUUACUUUCCGCAGGACGGCGUAAAACCAUAAGUGCCGGCCAUUCAUGCGUCAUAUUCCCUAAUUAUUACAGCUCUUGCUCAACGGCGCAUGGCUUAUACAGGUAGUCAUUGAAAUAUUAGACGCGGUGGAGAUACCGCAGGUAGUUUUUGGCAAUAAAAUUCUUCCCCAAGCUCAUAAA